AUGGGAUAUGUUGCGGGCCUCGCUCUUCUAUUCCCCGUUCUGAUUCUUUUGCACCUACUCGUCGCUCCUUACACGAAAGUCGAAGAGUCCUUCCAUGUCCAGGCUACCCAUGACCUCUUAGCUCACGGUUUGCCUAACGGUUGGAAUGAUACAGCACUUGACCGAACAAACUAUGACCAUUUCGCUUUUCCUGGGGCAGUCCCCCGCAGUGCCAUUGGGGCAGCAGCUCUCGCUCUGCUUUCCAAGCCCAUAAUCUUAUUACACGAUGAGAUCAACCAGCAGCUACUAGCUCGAGCCGUCUUGGGACUAUUCAACGCUUCGUCUUUGGCAAUCUAUGCAUUUGGGCUGCGUCGCAGUUUUGGGCAGGUAGUCGCCAUCUGGUACAUCAUCCUCCAAGCAAGCCAGUUCCACCUCAUUUACUAUGCAUCCCGGCCACUUUCUAACAUGUUCGCCUUUGGGAUCACAACCCUCGCAUUCUGGCUGCUUCUUCCACGGCCAAAGCCAUCUAAGUCCCAGCAAAGCCUCGCAUUGUCUUUGCUCACUUUCGCAGGCGUAGUUUUCCGCUCCGAACUUGCCCUGUUGGUAGGAACUCAGACUCUGUCCCUUCUAUUUAUGCGACGAAUCAGUCUCCACAGAACCAUCUUCGCAGGACUGAUCGGUCUAGCAAGUGGUCUCAUUUUGACAGUCUGCAUAGACGGAGCCUUUUGGCAGACUUUCCCGUUAUGGCCCGAAUUUGAAGCAUUCCGUUUCAACGUGCUGGCCGGUCAAUCUUCAGAGUGGGGAACAGAGCCGUGGUCUUUCUAUUUCUUCAAUGCUCUCCCUCGCCUCAUCUUCAAUCCGCUUUGCUAUCUCCUCGCUAUCCCAGUUGCCCUACGACAGCCAGCUACUCGGAACAAUGCACUGUCACUUCUCAUCCCGGCGAUGGCCUUUGUGGCGCUGUAUAGCUUCCAGCCUCACAAAGAGUGGCGAUUCAUCAUCUAUAUCAUUCCGUCUAUCACCUCCGCUGCAGCUCUUGGCGCCGGGUAUCUUUGGACCCGUCGUUCUCGCUCCUUUUUUGCGCGUUGGGCGACUCGUGCCAUGGCGAUUUCGUCCCUUGCGGUAUUCUUGCUGUCGAACCUGAUUCUUCUUCCUGCUUCUGCGGCUAACUAUCCCGGUGGGCAAGCGAUUGAUGCUCUGCACCGCCAACACGCUUUGCACAAGAACAUCUCUACGCAGGCAGAUAUAAACGUCUACUUGGGUAACCUGGCUUGCCAAACUGGUGUGACACGCUUCCUACAGCAAGAUCCUUCGUCCGGGUGGAUUUACGAUAAGACCGAAGACGAGCGCACGAAGACAACCAGUGAGUUCUGGGAUCAGUUCGACUAUGUCGUGCUGGAGGCUUCGUCAGACGCAAACUUCAUGGAUACAGACGAGACCAGACUUCGUCGUGCACUGCCAAGCUCUACGUGGGAUAGCGUCUACGUUGUAAAUGGGUUCACUGGUAUAUCGAUUUUGAGACCCGGUGUUCCAGCAGUGGGGAUUGCCGAAAGACGCAUUCUUGGGUGCCUUGGUGGUGUGCGUGCAGUCGAGCUGUUUGAACGCAUACGCGGGCAUGCGAGGGUACUGUCGCGCGGGUGGUGGGUUGAGCCGAGGAUGGAGCCCAGAGUUCAGAUUCUGAAACGUGUGAGACCUUGA